CAGGGCUGCAGGUGUGCCUUGCCGAAGGACCAAUGAAGAGCCGCCGCAGAGGGCGGUUGCUUCGGUUGAGGAACAGAUUGUAUCCUGGGACGCGUGGAAGGCAUACUUCACCACGCUCUCUGUGGGUAUCAUGGAUGAAGAGGUCUUCGAAAAGACUCUGCGGGAGCCGUUAAGGACCUACCAGGUUCACGGGCAUUUGCAAGCACAGCGCCUCAUCACGCAGCCUGUGGCGCGAUCGAAUCACUGCAAUUUGCGAGUGUUGGGCACCUUUGAAGAUGGCUCCCGGAAGUUGCUGACGUUGCGCGAUGACUCGGGCUUGGAACACCUGGCCGAGCGCGCUGGUUGUGGCGAUGGACAAUUCUGGACCUGGGGUCCCAACGUGAAGCAGGAGAUCUUGCAACGCCUGCAGGCCGAAGGGUACCACAACUUGCGAACUGUGACCCUGAGACCAAUGUGAAAGUGCCUCAAAGACUGGGGCGCCAUUUGGCAACCAGCAGGAGCAUCAUCCUUCAAGUGCC